UUUCAGAGGUCGCAUGGGUACAGCGAAAACAUUUCGGCCUACACAUUUUUACUCUAAAAUAAUUUAACAAAUUAUAAAUAAAUUCCGGCCUACUUUAAAUUGUAUUAUUACUCCAUUAUCCAUUUCUCAGUCACAUAAUCACAGUUUUAAGAAACGUCUCUUCAAAAAUGUUAACAACCCAAAUUUGAUAAUCGCUUUCCAGAAAAAAAUACCUCCGAAAAUGGAAUCAUUCGAAUCAGCUCUUCCCUACGUGUUAAUCGGGUGCAUUUUCUAUGCAUUUGGUUUGAAAUGGUGCUGCGAGUACGCGAAAUUUUGGGUGACACCGAAACGCAAUGAGGAAAACGAGCCGUCAAAGUCACGGAGGAUCGCUCGCUAUUGCGAAAAACUUUUCAUAAAUCACCCAAUAGAAGGGAGUCUGAAACUGAUCGCCACUGCAGUUGGUCUAGUCGGAACAAUGAUCGGCGGACUACCUGACAAUGUAACAGUAUCACCAAAAGUUGUCCACGCAACAAUUUAUUUAUUUUUCGCAUUUUCCGGCCUAGUCGAUGUCCUGACAUUUUAUUUUCCUCGGAACGUAACAAACAGUUUGGCGCAUCUAGCCCUCGCCCAGAGUUUUUUCGUAGAGGGUUUCCUGUUUGUGUGGGCGAGCCCGACUACAAAUAUGGCCAACGGAAUACUCGCUGGGAUAGUUUGGAUGACCUCGUUCACGGUACUACUGGAAAUCGUAUGGCCAGAUCUUAAAAUUCUACGAGGAUUCACGACUGUUCUGCACGGCGGAUGGAUCGCACACAUGGUCAGAACGUAUCCCGUGGAAAUUUUUUCACCUGAGCGUGUGGCGCUCGCGUUUUCUUGGCACAUCGCUACAGCUUUUGGAGUAACUCUCUGCAUCGUCGCUGUUACUCGCAGCUGCAUACCGAGAGUCGCUGAGGAACCACCGGAAAUUCCUAUUUAUGACUAUUGCCAUGAUCCCCAUCAUGACAUUUAAAUGACUAAAUUUAUUUUAAAAUUUUUACGAUCCUGAAGUUAGCAGACAAUUAAAAAUUUUUUGAUUUUUUUAGGACAAUUAAAUUGGAAGAAAAAAAAAACUAAAAAUAUGCACAUUUAGAAAAUUAAAAAACUAUAAGUGUAAUUUUUUCAAAUAUUUUUUUCCUUAUAAUUUAUCGUUUUGAAUAAAUUUAAAAAAUCAUCAGACGUUGGCUAACUUCAGUAUCAUAAAUUUUUCUAGUGCUAUUUAUUUUUACACUUGACAUGACUGAUUACUAUAUUUUAGAUUAAUUAUUUUACUGUACGUAGAUUAGUGAUAUUUCAAGUGCCAAAAGAGUCGCAGAAAUUUUUCAGAUCAGGGUAUUUUUUUGUAGACUUUAUUGUUGAUUUAAAUAUUGUGCCUUCUAAUGGAAAAACUUUUUAUCAUUUUUUUACAGACGAAAAUUAUUUUUGGAAAUUUUGUAAUUGAAAAAAUUUUGAUAACUCUUUUUUAUUCGCUAUAAAUAAAAAAAAUUUUGACUUUUAUAUCAAAUAGAAUUAUGUGUCUGAAGAUCGGAACGUUUUUCACGAGACAAAAAUAAAAAAAUAAAAUGAAAAAUAAAAAUUCUACUAGAUCUAAAUUUCUGAAGUGUUUCGCACGUCAGCAAAAAUUAAGCAGUAAAACGACACAAUUUUUUUUUCAUUUUCGUUGGCCGAAAAACGUUCCGGUCUUCAGGUACAUGGAAUUUAAAUAUAUUUAGUAAUCUAACCAACACUGAAAUUUUAUGUUACUAAAUUUUUUUCUACUAGUUUUUGACUGUCAACAAUCGAGGAUUUUGCAAAUUAAAUAUAUGCAAUUACUCCAAUUUUAAUUAUUGAAAAAUUAAAACUGAUGCAGUCCCGGCUUUCAAUUCCUCUGAUCAAAAUUUCCUGAGGAAAUACAAAGAAAAAUCUAAUGCCGGCCCACGCUAAUAAAUUUUUUAUGCUGUCAUAUAAUUAGACUCAGAAAAAUCUUAAAACAACGGA